AUGGGAGCUGAUAAAGUCUAUGAAAGAAAGUCUUUUAGUAAGGAGGAAUGGAACGAUGCAGUGGCUGCUUGUACCGCACCAUUGCUCGGUGAUGGCCGUGGUAACGUGGCGGGAAUGGGUUUGAACAGCGGUGGAGCAGAUGGGAGCACAUCUGCAGAGCCUUCGAUUCCAAAGCUGCUGCUGAACUAUUUUGUUUGUAUGGGAUUUGAAGAAUCUAGUGUGCGAAUGGCUCGGGAGAUGGGGUACGUAAAGUCCAAUAAGGACGCUCAAGAAUUCAAUGAUCUCUAUAAGAUCAGGGAAAGAGCCCAUAUAAGUAAGUUGAUCAAGACUGGAAGAGUCUCUGAGGCGAUGGAAGAGAUAAACUCGACUUUUGGGAUCGAAGUGCUGGAGUGUGGUGCGGCUGGUCCGUCAAAGGAUGGUAACGGAGGAGCUUCUUUCAGUGGCUAUGUUGGUAGUAGCGAUGGGAAAGAUGACCUGCAUUUUAAACUCCUGCUUUUGGACUUGAUUGAGAAGAUCAGGAAACAUGACCGCGAUACUGCUGGUAGCCAAGGGACUGAUGACGAUUUCGUUUUGGAGCUCAUCAAGUACUCGCAGGAGAAGCUGGCACUGAAAGCAGCUUCGAAUAAGACAUAUAUGGCGGAAUUGGAGCUUGUUAUGACACUAUUACUUUUCCCUAAAGGCGGCGACUCGAAAGUUAAGCUUCCAAAGAGCUUGAAAAAUCUGUAUUCACUGUCCUUGAGGUCUCAUAUCGCAGAACUCGUAAACAGAAAGCUCCUGAGGUGCUUGCAUUCGCAAGUUGCAACUCAUGCCAGUCAGGUUGGUAAGUUCCCCGAUUUAAUUGGCUUCAGCAGUGGGAUCGCAGGAAAACCCUUCUCACAUUACAACGAGAUCCUUAUGGUUAGGCCGAAGGAGGACGUCGGCCAGCAUUUAACCACAGAUUCUCUGGCAGAGCUGCGAGAUUCGGACGAUGGCCGCCUGAGAUCAACGGCCACAUCCGCGAACGACGAUUGGAGCUGGACAACAGACAUGAUAAAGGAGCAGCAAGAAGACGGCCAAGUUAAAAGUGCUGCAAUAUCGAUGGACAAGGCCUCUUCGAACGAUGACUUUGACCUAUCCGAGGCGAGGUUGGUUCAAGUUAUGAAACUAUGGGCAUGGUGCGAAAAUCAGUUACAUAGCAAUGAUAUAGGUGUCCCGCGAGUGCACAGAAGCAUGUAG